AUGAGCACAGCCGCAGAGAAUGCAGUUAAGAAAUUUUCAAAUAUUUUACAGAAUGAAGAAGAGCCGCUAAAGCUCAGAUUUAGAGCACUUUUUGCACUCCGAAACAUAUGCACAGAUGAGUCUGUAUUUGGCAUUGCAGAAGCAUUCACCACUUCUUCUGUCCUUUUAAAGCACGAGCUGGCGUAUGUCUUGGGCCAGAUGCAGAACAGAACAGCCCUCCCGAUUCUUGAGCGAGUGCUUGUAGAUGGCACAGAAGAUGAGAUUGUGCGCCAUGAAGCAGCAGAAGCAAUAGCAACCUUUGGAGACAUCUCAUAUGAACCUCUUUUAAGAAAAUAUGCAGACAUUGCUAUCUCAAACAGCAGGGCAGUUUCAGAAACAUGCCAGAUAGGCGCAGAGCUGAUAAAAAACGGCGGGUCCAAAAAGUCUGAAUUUGGAUCUCUUGAUCCAGCACUUUCUGCUAAGGACCAGUCUAUUGAAUCUCUAAAGAAGACAUAUCUUGAUGAAAGCAAGCCGCUGUAUGAAAGAUACACUGCUAUGUUUGGUCUAAGAGAUAUUGGAACUGAAGAAGCAGUUGAAGUACUCGCAGAAGGAUUUAACAACAAGAAUAGAUCUGACUUGUUUGAGCAUGAAGUAGCCUUUGUGUUUGGGCAGAUGUCCCACCCCGCCUCAGCUAAGCAUCUAGCCAGAGUUCUUGCAGACGAAUCACGGCAUGAAAUGGUUCGACACGAGUGUGCUGAAGCACUGGGAACCAUUAAUACAAAAGAGGCAGAGAGCGCACUCCUUGCACUCAAAGAUAUUCCCAACAGAAUUAUCAGAGAAAGUGUGGAGAUAGGCCUAGAUAUACAUGAAUACCAUUUUACAGACCCUGCGCUUGAAUACAUAGUAGAGUCCUUUUAAGACUCUAAAUAACCACUACUGCUUUAAUAGCAAUACAGGACAAUGCAAUAGUUUAGUAUUAGAAAUAUAUCCAAACAGACAAGUUAGAAAAACAUUUAGCCAAGCACUUCUUCAAUUUUGGCGUAUUAAUUAUCUAACAGUCUAUAAUUCUCCAUGACCCAAAUGAUAAUAAACCGAUUUGCC